CCUCGAUUUUGGCCUAUUUAGUUUCCAACAUGAGCAUUUCAUCCUCAGUCGUUCUUGGACAUCGCCCUCCUCGCUCCAGCUCAACCAUAUACAUUGGGCCGCCACGAGGUGAUUCCGAGCGUUCCGCUCCUCUAGUAUCACCGAGGACGCCAGGCGACAAGAAAAGACCUCGUUACGUUUCUAGAAGCACUGAGCACCGUUCUUGAGCAGAAUCCAUGGCUCCGCUUGGAGGUUAUCAACGCUCUGGACGGU